AUGACGAAUACCACGUAUGAGUCAACCACCGGUUUUGAUUUAGAUCCAACAGAUGAUUCUAUCUCGCCCGGUGAUGGGCAAAACUCUGACGCUGGAUGGUCAGUGGGAGGUCUAGCCAACAGUCCCGUAGUACGCGCGUCCUACGGUACCAUUAGCGUCAUCGGUAUCGUGGGUAACCUCCUAGUCUGCUUCAUCUUCUUUAGGGUCCCCAGUCUCCGCACGAGCACCAGUUACUUCCUGGUUCAUCUCUCAGUGGUCGAUCUUCUCUCAUGCAUCAUGGUUAUACCCUCCCAUCUCUUUCCGGACCCCCCGCCCAUGAAGGGCCGCUUCGGCGACUUCGUCUGCCGCUUCUACUUCAGUAAGUACCCAAUGUGGACCUUCAUCUUGGUCUCUGUUGGAAGCCUAGUCCUGAUCAACCUGGAGCGCUUUGUGGCCAUCGUCUACCCUCUACGCUACAAGUCCUUGUACACUCUGAGGAACACCAUCCUGAUGAUCGCCGCUUGUUGGCUCUACUCUCUCGCCCACAACUCCUUCUUCUUCGCUGUUUAUGCCUUCACCGACGAGACGGGCUGCCAGUAUGUCGGCUUCUCAAGCGAUACCGUGAGGUUUGUUUUCGGUGUCUACCAUUACUUCAUCUACUACCCCGGACCGUUGGGCUUCAUGAUCGCCACCAACUGCAAGAUGGUCCGGAAGCUGAAGCAGCAGAUCUCAAAACUCAAUCAGCAAAAAGGCCGUGCAGGUAUGGCGGGGCAGCGGGAGCUGUGGCAGGCCCAGGCGGCCCACGAGCUCCAGAAGACCCUCCUGUUCGUGGUCAUCACCUUCGGCAUCCUGUGGGGACCCAACCAGACCAUGUUCUUCUGCUUCCUGAUGACGGCGCCCUUAGACUUCACCCAGGCCUACUACCACGCCGGGGUCAUCAUCGGCGUCUGCAACUCCUGCGUGAAUCCCUUGAUCUACACGCUCAAGAACAAGGCCUUCCGGGACGGCCUGAAGGGGCUGGCGGGAUGCUGCCGGGCCAACAGGGUGGAAGAUCUGACUGAAGCCACGGCUACCGGGUCUCUGGCCCUCACUCCGGAGGCGGAGGGGAGAACGGCAACUGAUCACGAAUAA